GCAGCGCUGCACCAUGACACUCCACUGGACUUAAGCAAUAAGGAUUUCCGUCUUCACACAGUAAAAAACGCUCACCGCUAUAUUUUUCCAAGAAAAAAAAAAGUUUACCAAAAGUUGUCCACUUGUUCUCCAAGAUGCCACGCUCUUUUCUGGUCAAGAAACACAUAAACUCCGCAAAGAAGCCAAAUUAUAGUGAGCUGGAGAGCCCAACAGUGUUCUUCACGCCGCACAUCUACAGGGGCCUUCCCCUGCCCGUCAUCCCCCAGCCGGAGAUCUUGAGCCCGGCAGCGUACAGCCCCAUCACAGUGUGGACUACCAGCAACUUGCCGCUCUCUCCGCUCCCCAGUGACCUCUCCCCCAUCUCUGGAUACCCCUCAUCGCUCUCCGACACCUCCUCUAAAGACCACAGCGGCUCCGAAAGCCCGAGGAGUGAUGAAGACGAGCAGAUGCUGCCCAAGCUGACAGACCCUCACGGGGUGGAGGCAGAGAAAUUCCAAUGUAGUUUGUGUAGCAAGUCCUACUCCACGUACUCUGGACUGCUCAAGCAUAAACAGCUGCACUGCGACGCCCAAACGAGGAAAUCCUUCAGUUGUAAAUACUGCGAGAAGGAGUAUGUGAGCCUGGGAGCUCUCAAAAUGCACAUCAGGACUCACACUUUGCCAUGCGUUUGCAAAAUAUGCGGGAAAGCUUUUUCCAGACCGUGGCUGCUCCAAGGACACAUCAGGACGCACACCGGAGAGAAGCCAUUCUCCUGCCCUCACUGCAACAGGGCUUUUGCAGACAGGUCCAAUCUCAGGGCUCACUUACAGACCCAUUCGGAUGUGAAAAAAUACCAAUGCAAGAACUGCUCCAAAACCUUCUCCAGGAUGUCUCUUCUGCACAAGCAUGAGGAAUCUGGUUGUUGUGUAGCACACUGAACUGGGAUACUUUUCCACCACCAGACAAAAAAAAUCCCCUCUGUUGUUUCUUUAUUUUUCCAAGUCCAG